CACACACCCAACACCCCAAACUCUCCGGCAAAGCGUGCGCAACCUCCUCAAAAAUGGGGACCGCACUCAAAACCUGGGAGCUCGAAAACUCCAUCAAACUCGUCGACCCCACCAAAGACGCCCUCUACACCUACUCUGCCGACCAGCAAAAAGCCAUCAAUAACGCAAAGCCAUGGCGCACCGACCCGCACCACUUCACCAGCGUCCGCAUCUCAGCCGUCGCGCUCCUCAAAAUGGUCAUGCACGCGCGCUCCGGCGGCUCCCUCGAGGUCAUGGGCCUGAUGCUCGGCAAGAUAGAAGCGAACACCUUCAUCAUCACGGAUGCGUUCCGGCUGCCUGUUGAGGGUACAGAGACCCGCGUCAACGCGCAGGACGAGGCCAACGAGUACAUGGUGGAGUUCCUGAGCCGUGCGCGCGAGCAGGGCCAGUGCGAGAACGCGGUAGGUUGGUACCAUAGUCAUCCGGGCUAUGGAUGCUGGCUCUCCGGCAUAGACGUCAGCACGCAGAAGACGCAGCAGAUGUACCAGGACCCCUUCGUCGCCGUCGUCAUCGACCCGGACCGCACUGUCUCCGCGGGCAAGGUAGAAAUCGGCGCCUUCCGUACAUUCCCCGAGUCCUACGUGCAGGAAAAGGAAAAGUCCAGCGCGAACAAGGGGGGCGUCGGCGAAGACGGCUUCCAGACCAUUCCGCUCGGCAAGAUUGAAGACUUCGGCGCCCAUGCGAACCACUACUACAGCCUCGACGUCUCGCACUACAAAUCGUCGCUCGAUGCUAAGCUGCUCGAAGCGCUGUGGAAUAAGUACUGGGUCGGGACGCUGUCUUCCUCGCCGCUGAUUUCGAACCGCGAUUACGGGACUAAGCAGAUCAGCGAUCUGGCGCGUAAGGUGGUGCAGGAGAACAGUAAUAUGAAGCGGAAAGGCGCGUUUGGAGGUGCGGCGGGCGAUAAGGGACAGUUAGGCAAGUUAGGGGCUGCGGGGAGCAAGAUUGCGAGGGAGGAGGAUAUGGGGUUGUUGAGCGCGAAGGUGAAGGAACAGGUGUUUGGGUUGCCAGGGCAGGAGGCUGCGCAGAGCCAGGAAGUGGAGAUGAAGAGCUGAGCUGAUGGAGGUAUGCUGAAGCUCUUGAUGGUGCAUACAUUCUUGAUGCAUGGCUAGGCGUUUUGGCGCUAUAGACGGCGUGGUCAUAGGCCCUUGGAUCCUGAAGCGCCGAUUUGAUGGAAAUGACGCACCCAGGCAGACUUAUAUGCCGGACGUGCAAGUAAUAGGAGCAUAUCCUCACUUGCUAAGGGACACAAUUAACCUCCCAGGAUAGGUAGCAUAGACGCAAUAUAGCUCAAGUCCAAGACGAUAUGUAGCCUGCAAUAUCUUUUCGAAAUAACGCACCUAGGUAGACUUAUAUGCUAGACGUGCAAGUAAUAGAAGUAUAUUCUUACUUGCUAAGGGACACAAUU